AUGUUUGGCUCGCUCCACAAUCAUCGUGUAUCAAUAUGCCCCAUAUGGGAUCACAUCCAGAUUCUGCCCAUUAUGGACAUUCAAACCAUCACCAUACGUUCGGACCACGUGGGUGCCAUCCACAGCAUCAUUUGUCCACCGUGGCAACACGGCCAGCACAACUCAGCCACUGUCAUUGCUCAAAUUUACAUCGUCCCGAUUGUAGAACGCUUAUUUCCUGUCCAAGAACACGUGGACUAUGGCAAACACACUGGGCCUCCUGUGCUCUAUAACCGCGUCCGUGAAAUUUUCCUCGGCUAG